CCACCACCUCUGCUAGACACUAGCUAGGACCUGCAUUUUGGCAAUGGCUUUUUCAGUGGAGGGUUUCGUUGUGUUUUUUCUAUUUUGUGGUGUGAUGCUUGCAAAUGGUGAUGUUGGCUUUGAUGAAAAUUAUCAUGUCAUAUGGGGUUUUGAUCAUGCCUUGUAUCAGGAUGGAGGGACAGGGAUGCAGAUUUACUUGGAUCAAUAUACGGGGGCUGGGUUUCAAUCCAAGCAAUGGUUCGGUUCUGGGUGGUUUCAUAUGAGGAUCAAGGUACCAGUGAGGGAUUGUGCUGGAGUUGUCCUAGCUUUUUAUCUAAGAUCAGAGGGUGAUCGUAACCAGGAUGAGCUAGACUUUGAGUUCUUGGGUAAUAGAGAAGGCAAGCCAAUCACAUUGCAGACAAAUGUGAUUACAAAUGGUGAUAACUUCAGAGAGCAAAGGACACUUCUUUGGUUUGACCCAACAGCAGAUUUUCAUGACUACAAGAUUCUUUGGAACCAUCAUCAAGUUGUCUUUUAUAUCGACGAUAUCCCCAUCAGGGUUUUUAGGAACAACAAAAAAAUUAAGGUUCCCUAUCUAACGCGACCGAUGGUAAUAGAUGCAAGCAUAUGGGAUGGAUCAGAUUGGGCAACUGAUGGAGGCCAAACAAAGAUCGACUAUAACCAUGCACCAUUUAGAGCUUAUUUCCAAGGGUUUGACAUGAAUGCCUGCUCACUAGACAAGUCCAAGACCAAUGUCUCGGAAUGUUAUGCUACAAAAUAUUUGUGGAACCACAGGGUCUAUUGGCAACUAAACCCAACGGAACAAGAAGCAUAUGACAGGGUGAGAAGAGAAUAUAUGAACUAUGACUAUUGUACUGAUACGCAAAGGUUCCACACGCUUCCCCGAGAGUGCACCAGUGAUAGCUAGUUUGUCAUGAAAAGAGGCUUUACAAGAAAAGAAAAGAGGAGGAAAAGGGUACCAAUAUAAGGGAGCUACCUAGUUUACAUCACAUCACACAACUGUAGUCUUAUUAUAUCCAUAAUCCGUUCUUUGAGAAGCCUCAACUUUUUUUUUCUUUACAUCUCUAGCAUGUAUGUUGCAAACAAGCUCCUAAUUCCAAUGAAAGCUAAAAUAUGCUUAGUAUCAA